ACAGUUCCGCCACUUUUCUAUUGUCUUUCAUGUAGGGCAGAAAGAACCGUCUGCAAAAUAAAAAGUAAAACCUGAGCAUCCAUGGCCGCUUCAUUUGAGAACGAGCGCUCGAGGCUUUUCGUUGGCGGCCACUGUUUUAUGCACAGUUUAGGUUUUAAUGACAGGCCAAGGUUCGGACGAGAGUUAAGAUCUUAUGAAACGCACGACGAUUUUUCGGACAGCCGAUCCCCACGUCGCGAGUUCAAAUCCGGGCGAGUCAAACCCACUGCGUCUCGCAACCAGCAACACUGCCACAUGCGCCGCGACUGCUUUCACGGUUCUGUCGCGAAUCAUUUGGAGCGCCUUCAGAUAGCAGACCACCAAGUGCUACUUUCUGAGCAACGUCCGAGACUUGGCAGUGAGUCCAAUGUUGAUAUUUCCAGCCAUGGGAAUGGUGUUCAACUAAAAAAUUUGCUUACAUUUUCAGAGCAGGCUAUCAAAAAUAAUAAUAUGCAUGGAGCAGCUAUGUGUGCAAGAGAUAGGCUUCAUCAGAAGUUUAAAGCUGCAUCACUUUUAGAUAACAGGAUGCAAGGUACCUCCUCGACUGGAUUCAGAGUUGAGAACUAUGCUCGAUCAGAUAAAUAUGGCAGUUUAAGUGGUAUUGAAUGGGAAAACUAUGUGAGACAUUGGCUAGCUUCAAUUUUACAAAGUGAAUCUUUGGCUAUAAAUGAAAAAUCUGAACAUGAAAACUUGGAGUUAGAGAAGGAAGAGUGUCCUAUAUGCUUGGAUUCAUUCUUGCCUAGAGAACAAAAGAUUAAACUUCCGUGCAGUCACAGAUUUCACAUUGCCUGCUUGACUCCAUGGCUCCUUAUUCAUAGAGAUUGCCCCUAUUGUCGUGCAAAUGUGUGCUUGUGAAUCACUGAACUAGUGUAGAAGAGCUUGAGCAGCGUGAAGUUCAAGUUCAUCUUGUAACUUACCAAGCAUGAUAGCUUUUCUCGUUACAACCAACUAAUAUUGUAAAUAGCAAUAAAAUUCCUCUGAUCAAAGAUAUUUCGGCAACAAAUAUAAACUGAGGCUAUUAUGCUGGGCUCAUGGAAACUAAUUUUAUUUAUGUAUGUAUAUAAUUCUAUCUAAUUUCCAAUGUACAGUUUUUCAAUUAUUAUAGUGGAUGUAUAUUUUUUUUCU